GAUAGGGUGCCGGAGCGUGGAAGGAUGGAAGGAUCUGAUUCUUUCGAACCGAGUGAACCCACGCACGGGCACACGCACGGAAACACCCAAAAUGUGUGGAUGUGGGCGACGUCUUCAUGAAGCAGCCAUGUCUCUACCAGAGGAGGACCUCACAUGUCCUGUGUGCUGCGACAUCUUCACUGACCCGGUUCUGCUGGGCUGCAGCCAUAGCUUCUGCAGGGGCUGCCUGACACGCUACUGGGAGACUGGUCAGCGCGAGUGUCCGGUUUGCCGGAAAAGGGCGUCCAAGUGCAACCCGCCCUCCAACCUGGCUCUGAGAAACGUGUGUGAAGCCGUGCUGCUGAGGAGACUGAGCUGCGAGCCGGCCGAGGACAAGCUGAGAUGUAACCAGCACCGAGAGGAGCUGAAACUCUUCUGCCUGGUGGACAAGCAGCCCAUCUGCGUGGUGUGUCAGGCGUCCAAGCUGCACAAGUCCCACGACUGCUCCCCGAUCGAAGAGGCUGCCCGCGACUGUAAGGAUGAGCUCGCCGUGUCCCUCAAGGGUCUGCAGACUAAACUGGACAGCCUGACCAGGAUUGGCAAGACCUCCGCCGAGAUGUUCAAGUACAUCAAGAGUCAGUCGCUGGAAACCCAGCGGGUGAUCAAGUGUCAGUUCGAGGAGCUUCACCGAGUCCUCUACGAGGAGGAGUCGUCUAGAUUAGCGGCGGUGAAGAAGGAGGAGGAGGACAAGAUCGUCGGGAUGACAGAGCGGGUGAAAGAGAUUUCAGCAGAGGUGCUGUCACUCACAGACACCAUCACCGUCAUCCAGGAGCAGCUGAACGAAGAAGAUAUGGUUUUAUUGACUAAUUUUAAAGAUGUCCAGGAGAGAUGCUCCCCGACUGUGCCGGACAACAUGUCCGGAGCUCUGAUCGACGUGACCAAUCACCUUUGCAACCUGAAGUAUAGAAUUUGGGAGAAAAUGUUGGAGCAUGUGGAUUACACUCCUGUGACCUUGGACCCAAACACAGCACACCCCUGCCUCAUCCUGUCUGAUGACCUCACUUCCCUCCACUACACAAAGCAGCCGAGCUGCUGCCCCGAUAACCCCGAGCGCUUCCACAUGAGCGCAGAGGCGGUGGGCAGCACCUCCUUAGGGUCAGGAAGCCACCACUGGGUCGUCGAAACAGGAAGCAACGAGGAAUGGAUGCUGGGCGUGAUCGCGUCGUCCACACUCAGGAAUGCCGACGUCUCGGCCCGACCCGAGAACGGCUUCUGGACCUUGAGUUACCGGGACGAGGAGCUCCGAGCCAUGACCUCCCCCCCGACUCCACUGACAUUUUCAGAAGCGCCCAAGCAGGUCAAAGUUCACGUGGAUUCCAACAAAGGGACGGUCACUUUUAUCGACUGCUCGGAAGAAAGGCUUAUUUAUUCUUUCACACACACGUUCACAGAGACGCUUCUUCCAUACUUCUACACGAGGAGCAGUCAACCGCUCCGGAUCAUGCCGGAGAAAGUCCUGGUCACAAUGUUACGACAGUAGUUUUUAUAUCUCAGUUUUAAAGUUUUACAUCUGAGAUUACGGUGAUCAAUUUCACACAUUUUAUUGUGAGCAGAAGGUCAAAUUAUUUACUUUAAAUGAAUCAUUGCAGACAAUCUUGUAUUUUUGCACAAUGUUUUGUGAGUACAAUACUAACACGCGCCGUGUUGCUCGUUUUGGACACUGGAAGGUUGGUUGACGUGAAAAGCCACAUGUUCUUGCACUGUUUAGUGUUACACUGCCCCGGUGAUGUUGGAUUUUAAUAAAUUCAGGUGAGUUUCACGACUGUCGCGCACCUGCAUCUUUUGUGCACUAGAUGGCGCCAGCGCUCUAAAAUGAGAGGAUAGUGACG